AUGAUGAACCUCAAGAACUGGAAUGACCGUGCCGACAAGGACCUCUUCUUCACCAUCUUGUCUGUUAAGAACAUUGGUGUCAUCAGUGGUGCAGAAUGGACAACCAUUGGUAACCAGAUGAGAAGCCUGGGAUACGGUUUUACCAAUGAGGGAUGCCGUCAACACUUCCAGGGUCUUCGCAGAGCGCAGAACAAAGCCGACGCAGACAGCACCGCCCCCCUCACCGCUCGGCAGGCGGACCCGACCAUGAACCCCAUCACUCGUCGGCCGGGGCCCGGCAGAGGCCGUCCCAGGAAGCAGGAUUCUUCUGGUGCUCAGCCUGUACUGCCGCCAGGUCGGGUGACGAGUACGGGCGCCGGACCAAACCCCAGCGCCGUGUCCACCCCGCCAACUGCUGCCCACGAGUUGCAAGCUUCACAAGCGCAGGGCGGUCUGCGCAUGCUUUCAGAGCAGCCGGGCAAGCCGGACGGGGCCAAUGGUUUCGACGCCGUGCCCUCGGCGGCAGACAUGGCCGUUGCACCCGCACCUCGCGUAGAUGGCACGAGCGAAGUGGUGGAAGCUGAUGAGGACGCCGACGGCGAGGACGACGAACCUCCCAUCAAGCGCCAGCGGAUAGAGGCGCAGCAAGUGCAAAUCGAAGACGAGCAGUCGCCGCCACUCGAUGACGAAGCAGUCUUGGCGUUGGCUGCAGAUAACGGCGCUGCAGGUCCACACCGGUACUCGUCAGAGUUUGAUUAUGAGGCAUGA